AUGGCUUCCGAACAGCAUAUUCGCCGUCGCUCCUCGGUCGCGGAUCGAACCCAGGCCGCAUCCAUCGCCGCCGCGGCAACAACCGCCUCAACGUUCGCUGCUCACCCCAAGAUUUCGAGGGAUGAUGGCGAGUUAGACAGCGACGCAGAGUCGUCGAAUUCCAUGCCGCCACCACCCCCUCCGGCCCACGAUGUUCUAGCUACCCGCUCAGCACGAGCGACGUCUUUCGCUUCCAGAAAUGCAAACCGACUCUCUUUAACACUCCCAAUUGCGCACCCUUCGAGCGAUCCCUCUAGGCCAACCCCGGCCCUCUCUAGCAACGCUUCUAUUCCACCUACACCACUGGGCACACCUGCUCCCGCCACACCUGCCAGCGCCAACGACUUCAUAAUAGCAGUCGCUGCUCAAGAGCGCAGGGUCCUUGAGCUCAAGGAGGAAUUGGCUCGCGCCGAGUCGGAUCUGGCUCUGCUCAAGAAGCAAUGGGCCUCCCAGGAGUCGCAUAGUCGGAAAGCCGAUUCGAAAAGAGGCAUCCAUGCGAGGCCUGCUCCAACCACUCCUGUUCUGGACGAUGAGGCAAGCGGGCCUCGGACCAGUAUGGAAUCGGAUCUCAGAAGGUCUAUGCUUCUGCAGACCCAGAAUACCCCUGGUUCUAACCGUCGCCGCGUACUUCGGGGUGGUCAUGCUAGAACGCUCUCGCUUCUGUCGCCAUUGAAGACAGAUGCAGGCCUUGGCCUCCAGGGAGAGCCAGACCAAGAUGGGUUUCGUCAGCCCUUUCGAUUUCCUCCUGAGAGGAUGGUGGCCCAGUCGCCCGUCACCCCCAAUCUCUCGAAGCGCUCCUCUUGGCAGCCACAGACCCAACUCAGUCAGACAAAUGUUCCUGGUCUGGUGGAGGAUUUCAGGCUGGGCCUCAAAGCCUUCGUUGAGGAUAUCCGUCAAAUCACAGUUGGUGACGAACCGAUCACCGGCCAAUCAUCACGUUACAGCGCCGCCAGUUCCGCCAGAGCCAGCCCCAGUGGCCAGGAGACUAUUCGCGCAAGCAAUUCGUCUAGGGCUAAGGUUGAUAAUCUUUUUGAUUCACCUACACCUUCAACCAAGAGCGCUGCUGCCGCUACCAAGUCUGGUGAGGCUACUCCUGAAAAGGCUCCUACUAGAAGAAACAAGCAUUUUUCGUGGACUCCAUUGAGCUUUGACUCCUUGGAUGAUAAUGGAUGGACCAGCUGGGAAUCGCCACCAGCUUCUGUCAAGUCAACUCGUUGGAGUGGAUCCACCAUCAAUAGUAGCCGUACGGAUGAUUCUGAGGCACCUGAGAUGAGUGAAGAGGAUGGUUUACAAUCCAAGGUCAGAACCCCGGGCGCCGAAGCUACUGCCUUCAAUCCCAAGCUUGGAGAACUGCUCCCAAACGUCGUCAACAAGCUCUCUCCCAGCAAUAUCAAGCGCACUGCGAAUCAAUUGAUGGAUGAGUGGGAGAAAUCACUUGUCGAGCCCUCUCCCGACAAGGAGAACACCGUUUAA